AUGCAUUUCAAAAGAAUAAUUGAAAUAAUUUUCAAUACAUUUUUAAUGAUGCAACUUGUACUUGCCACACCAUAUUCCUGGGGCACACAUCACAGCAACUACGAUGCUAGUUUAGAUCCAAUUGCAUGGUCUCGAAGCUUUGUUAAGGAUACUAUUAGGAAACCUCGUCUUUAUAGAACAAACUCCUUCGAACAUAACUCUAUAGAUGUAGCAGAUGAUGAUUUUCCCAUACAAAAUUAUGGUGGAUUUGGUAAACGACGUUCAUCUCGGGGUAAUUUUGCCAAUGAUAUUUACAAUAACUGGUAUUCGAAUCCAACAGGAUUUGUUCAUAAUGGAAAAUAUAACAACAAUAUGCAGAAGCGCAUGAACCGUAGAAGGCAGAAAUUGAAUGCCCGUCACCGUUAUGGUUUGGUUUAAAGAGAUUGUUUUGUGGAUAAGAUUGAA